AUGACUCCGUCUGCGAAGCUCACGACACACACCUCCCCGGACGUGUCGGAGGAUCUGGAGCGCCUACUACAGGCCCAUUUGCCAUACUCACUACCGGUGCUCCGCCGACUACAACACGCAAAGUACAAAGAUGGCAUGCCGCCAAACGCGCGCGCGGUCGUCGUCUCGAGCGGCGACGUCCUUGGCGGCGACCAACUCGCCUCAGCCCGGUUCACAGCCGCGUACGUGGACUAUGGCGGCGGGCCCGACACGCAGAUGUGGCUCUUCUCCACGCUCGAGGAGGUGGAGAAGCCGAGUGACGCGGACAAGGCCGAGUAUCGGCUCCAGAUCGAGGAGCUGGUCCGGGAGCUGGUCAGGCUGGGCAGGGAGUACGGGAAGCCGACGGUGUAUCCUGGGGGUCUGCUUCUAGGGUCAUUACAUACUGCUGUGCGAGACAUCGUGCUCGACCUGGGGCGCGCGGCGCCUCGGGCGACUGGAUUCUACGACAAAUGGCUGUUUCAAGCAAAAGGUUUCCCAGAGAAAGAUGCCCCGUUGCCUGAUGGGAUGCGAUGGGACACGGCGUCGCUGGAUGACUGUAGGAUUGUCGUGUCUAGAACCGACAUUCCCCGUGUAGCGUAUGUUUGCGUUGAUGGAUGGCCCGUUGCGAGUAUUUUGCUGACCGAGGACAAAAACUUGAUCAUCCGGAUUGAGGAUGGCACACCCAUCGCCUGGGCAUUUCUAGGAUUUGAUGGCUCGCUGUGCAGUCUUUACUGCGAGGAACCAUACCGCCGUCGCGGCCUGGCCACAGCGCUGGGAGCGAAGCUGAUGCGCACCGGAUGCGGCCCAUAUGCGACUGAUGGAUGGGCGACUGCGGAUGUGGCAGCGAGCAAUGCCGGUAGCAGAGCGAUGUGCAAGAGCCUGAACGGAGAACAGCACUGGGAGGUCUCAUGGAUGAUGCUUGAUAUCACAGAGGACGGUCUCAAGGAUUGA